ACAUGGCUGCGGCCGAACGUGCAGCAAAUUUACGGAAGUGCCCACAUUCUGCUGCAGAGGAGAGAGCACCAGGAUGAGGAGACUGUAGGCACCCGCCGUAGUAUGGCCGCGUCCCGUUCCUCGCGUGUCACAAGGUCGUCAGUGGGGCUCAAUGGAUUGGAUGAGAACUUUUGUGGUCGAACCCUCAGGAACCGCAGCAUCGCCCAGCCGGAGGACACCUCGGUUUCUCCGCUGCCGAGGGCCCGCUCGCCCAAGAAGAAGCAGGACGGCAAGCAGGAGUCGAAACAGGACACCAAACAAGACGUUAAGCAGGACGGUAAACAGGACUCGCAGCAGGACACCAAGCACGAGGCGAAGCAGGACGCUCAGCAGGAUGGCCAGCAACAGGCCUUGUUGCAGGAAAAGUUGACUGACUCGAAUGCUUCUCCGGCUGAGGCGGAGCAAUGGAACAGCACCAGGAAACGGAGCGUAUCCUGUUUAGAAAAAGACAUUAGUCCUGAGAAGUCGGAGAACUGUGACAGAGGGAAGGGCUCGCGGGACGCCUGUUCUCAAAUCAAAAGGGCCAAGCGGUGCUCCCGAUCCGCAGAGUCUCAGGGACACGACGAGGACUCCGAGCCUCUCACAUCUGACAGUCCAGUGUCUGUCCCGGAGCCUAGCAAGGACAACAGUUGUGAGGAUUUCCCCAGCCAAAACUCUUCUCCCGCCUCACCUGUCCACAUUCAAGAGGAAGAUGAGCCGACGGAGGGGAAGGCAGAGGAUGGACACGAGGAGUGUGACGGGGCAACUCGGCCCCCCAAUGCUCACAAGGCCUCCAAUGGACUCCAGAAGAAUAAAGCAGAGGAACCUAGCGCACUCACUGAAGAGCCGAGUGCGACCCCCCCCUCUGUCUCCAACACCCCGUUGCUGUUUAACGGCAGUCAGACGGCAGCUCCCUCACCCCCCCACCCCGCUGUGCCUUGUAGAAACUCUGUCCCUCUGCAGGUGGAGGUCUCUGGCUCAGGGGAGUCGCCAGCCUCACCUGCACCAACGUUUGUUCCAAUGGACCCUGUCCCCGAGUUGAUAGUGGCUAAGGAGGAGGAGGUGGAGGAGGUGGAGGUGGACGUGGUGGGGGAACCGUUGUGUGUCUCUCACGAGGAGCAGGUGAUCGAGACGGAGAACGACACCAACGGCCGGCCACUAACACCGCUGCAGGAAGCCACUGCCUCCACCUCCUCCACUAACAUGAACAUUAGUCCAUUCAACAACAACAACAGCAACUCAGGAGAAACUACACCCCCUCUAGCAACAACCCCCUCCCCCACAGAGCCCGGGUACAACCCCUCAGUAUCCAGCACGCCCCCCUCUUUCACAGAGCUCUAUGAACACAGAUACACCCUGCGGACUUCACCCAGGAGGGCAGCCACCGGUGGCAAGGCCUCCUCCUCCAAGCUCAGCUCUCCUCCUCGAGACAAUGGUCCCCUGAAGGAAGAGGGGGAGGUGGAGCUGCAGGAGGAGGCCUGCCCUAUGGUGGAGGAACCUGCGCCCUCAGGCUCUGUGGGCCCCUCUUGUGAAGGGCCGGUCUCCAUGGCUGAGGACAUUGUGGCCGUGGUGGCUAAAGAGGAGGACCAAAGCAGGGAGGUGACGAGGAGCCAGCCUGCUGAGGAGGAGGAGGAAGAGGAGGAGGAAGAGGAGGAGGAGCCAGAUGUGUAUUACUUUGAAUCGGACCACCUGGCUCUUAAACACAACAAAGAUUACCAGAGGCUGCUGCAGACCAUCGGGGUCCUCGAGGCCCAGCGAACACAGGCCAUCCUGGACCUGGAGACGUUGGCGCGGCAACAGAGGGAGGCGCUCGCCGAUCCCAUCAGCUUUGUGGAGCAGCUGCAGAAACGGGUUAAUUUGGGCUUGCCGCGUCCUCAGCGAGUCGUGCAGCUCCCUGACAUCGGAUGGGAUCAGUACACCUCAGGCCUCAGCGACUUUGAGAGAGAGUUCUGCGACAAGAAGCGCAAAACCAGGCGGCUAAAGCUGAUCUUUGACCAAGGUUUGCCUGCCCGACCAAAUAGUCCAGUAGAGCCCAAGAAGGAAGGCGAGUCGUCCACCAUGUACUCGUCUCUGCCCACUAGUGACGCUCUGGAGAACAGCAGGCAAGCACAGUUGAUCAGGGGGAGGAUCUCUCAGCCGAACAAGUCCGACACCUUCAACCAGCUGUGGACGGUGGAGGAGCAGAAAAAACUGGAGCAGCUUCUCCUGAAGUUCCCUCCCGAGGAAGUGGAGUCCAGACGGUGGCAGAAGGUCGCUGAUGAGCUCGGCAAUCGAACAGCGAAACAGGUGGCCAGUAGGGUUCAAAAGUACUUCAUCAAACUGACAAAAGCUGGUAUCCCCGUGCCUGGAAGAACACCCAACCUGUGCAUGUACACUAAAAAGGCGUCCAGUAAGAGGCAGCACCACCUCAACAAGCACCUGUACCGGCCCUCCACCUUCCUCGCCUCCUACGAGCCUCCGGUCUACAUGGAUGAAGAAGACGAGCGUGCGGCGUAUUACGGCAGCGUUCAGGACGCCUCGGCUGAUGACUCGGAUGAAGAGACUAUACCUGUGGAGUUGAGAAACUUGCCGGAGUACAAAGAGCUUUUGGAGCUGAAGCGACUGAAAAAACAGACGCUGCAGGAGAUCCACGAAGACAAGGAUGAGAUGCUGCACGUAGGAUUCAAGUGUGACGUCUGCGGCAUGGAUCCCAUCCAGGGAGUGAGGUGGCACUGUCAGGACUGUCCGCAGGACAACUCUGUCGACUUCUGCUCCAACUGCUCCGACUGUUUGUUCAAGACGGAGACCCACAAGCCGAACCACCACCUGGAGCCGGUGCAGCAGCAGGACUCGUUUCUGGACCGGGACUACUGCCUGCCGCAGAGCGCGGGCUACAACUACCUGGACCCAAACUACUUUCCAGCCAACAGAUGACAGGGUCCGCGCCUCUCGCUCCAGAAUCUCUCCACAUAUCCCACAGGCCUCUCUGUGCAUGGCUCCAUCCUCCAAGUGUAAGAACACCGCUCAACUCGCCGCCCGGCAGGAAGGCAGGCGGGGGGGCAGAGCUGCUGCUGGUGGGGCGGCCAUGUUGGAUCCUCCUCACAAAGGAGGCCCUGCUCCACCUCAGCCAGGUCAUUCAAUGGAUCUGUGAUUUGAAACACUAUUUUUAAAAACACAAAAAAAACAAGAAGGCGCACCGACAUUCCCGAGCUCUGUGACUCCAGGAGGGCUCCCCCCGACCCCCCCUUCCUCACCCCUCACCCCCCUCCCUGUGCUGCUCCCAAACUGGAGAUCAGUCUGAUGGAGAUGUGUGGUCACAGCGGACUGUGAAGAUACACAUCGGUGAUUUGUAUGUGUGUAUGUGGUCUCCGUGUUAUGCAAGAGUGAAAAAUGUCCUAGCUAGGUAUCCGUAGAUUGAGUAUUUAUGAGUCGCAGUGAGAGAAGUCGCUGCGAGAGAAGUGACGCAGAGGCGGGUUUGUUUUUGGCCGCAGACUGUAGGAAGUUCUGCCGAUACACACCACGCUCUGCACACACACAAACAACACACGCACACACACACCUGUAUGUGUUAAACAGACUGGAGCCAUCCCCUACCACUGUCACACACAAAGCUGCUCUCUCACCCUUCAAACACACACACACACUCACAUUCAUCUCGAUUUCCUUUCCCUUUGCUCUCUCUCCACUAAAACAUGUCUAACAGGAAGCACUACAGCACGGAGAGCAAAAGUUUCUGAGGGCAGGCGGACGAAACGUUUCUGUUUAUUUUAUUAUUUUCCUCCUCCCGCAAUGUGUGCCGUUGUUGAUCAUGUUGAGUGUAAAAGUAUAUGGUGAAAAGUAGCCAGCGCUAGUUACUGUGUGCCAUUUUUAAACAUUAUGUUUUUUGUUUUUCGGGAGGAAAUUCCACCUCUGAACCACAGCUCCUCCCUUCCUGCGUGGCACCAUCGUCCUCCAUUAUCGAUCCAGUCAUCAUGCCUCUAGAUCUUCUUUCAUUUUUGCAGUCCACUUUUAAAAAGGUCCAUUUAAAAGAUUGUAUUUUUAUUAAUCUAUUUAAAAAAAGAAUUGGGGUAGUGGUUGGAGCCUCCACAGUGGAACAACCCACAGUUUUAUACGCAUAGAUUUUGUUGUGCUUGAGUAGACACCAUUUGGUAUGGUUUUCGUCUCCUUUCCCUCACCCCCCUCUGCCCCGCUUCAAUAUCUGUGUAUAACAGUCUGUUCUUAUGUAAAAAAAUAAUAAUGUAAAAAAAAAAAUGCUAGAGGAGAACCGUGGAAAUAAAAGUAUGUGAAAAUAGUGUUUCUACA